AUGGACAGUUUUGAAAUUUUAAAAGAAUUUAAAAACAAAAUAAUAAAUUAUUCCCUUGUGGAUUCGAAUUGGUUUAAAAUUCUCAAAAACUUUUCAGUAAUUUUAUUCCACGUAUUUAUUUUGAUAAUAAUAAUAAUAAAAACUAUUCAAAUUUUAAAUAUAACAAAUAUUCUUUACAAAAUCAAUAAUAAUAAUAAUUAUAAUAAUAGUAAUAAUAACAAAUUUAAAUUGAUUCAUAAUGAUUUAGUUAAAACAAUAAUAGUUUAUUACUUUGAAAUAAAUAAUAAAUCAAUUAAUUAUAUGAAUAGUUUAAAAUCAUUAGAAACUGUUAAUAUUAGAUAUUUAUUAAUUAAUUUUAAUUUAUAUUUGGGUUGCUGUGAUCCCUAUGAACCAACAAAUUUAGAACAUAUUGAAAAAGAAGAAUUCAAAUUUAAAACAAAUGAAUUUAAAGUUUCAUAUGAUAUUGAAUAUAAUACAACCUAUGGAUUCGUUUAUGAAAUGAUUAAAGAAUUAAACCCAAAAUAUUUAAAAAUCAAACCCCUUCGAUGUGUUUCAGAUUCAGGAGAAUCACAUCUUCAACAAUAUCACUCAAUUUCAAAAUUAAAUCAAAACUAUGAAAGUGUAGAAAUCAUUGACGACUUCAUACCAUUAUAUGCACUUUACAGAUUUUUACAAUCACCAAAUUUACAUACACUCAAUUUCAAUCUUCAAUUUCAUUUUUUAUCUUCAAUCUAUGAUCAUAAUCAAAUUAAAAAUAAUAAUAAUUAUUAUAGUGAUCGUAAUAGUAAUAGUAAUAGAGAUGAUAGUAGUAAAGAUAGUGGUGAUAAAGACAAAACAGAAUUAGAUUUUAAUAAAAUGGAUAAUUUUAAAUUUAUUGAUUUUGGAAAUGAUAAUAAAGGAAAAAUAUUUGAAGUUCAUGAUGAUAUUAAAUUUUAUAUUGAUAAUGGUAUAAAUGAAGAUAAUCAAAUCUAUUGCUCAUAUAGUCGUAGUGAAAUUUCAUGUUUUUCAAAAGAAAUACCACCAUAUUCAAAGUCUCUAGAAUCAAUGUUUAAAAUUAUUAUCAACAAAUUCAACAAUUACAAAUUUAUCAAUUACUCAUAA